CAGGUACAGAAGCGCAUAAACAAACCUUAAGCGUCACCUUUCCGCUUUUUGUGAUUUUGUGUUCCCCGUCUAUCCGAAACCCCAAGCCCUCAACAUGUCCAGCACAUCCCAGAAGCAUCGUAACUUUGUCGCCGAACCGAUGGGAGAAAAGCCCGUCACGGAACUGGCCGGCGUUGGCGACGUUUUGGGAAAGCGGCUAGAGGCGGCCGGAUUCGACCGCGCGUACACCGUGCUUGGCCAGUACCUAAUUUUGAAGAAAGACGCCGAACUGUUUAAGGAAUGGAUGAAGGAUACGUGCGGGGCCAACUCGAAACAGGCAGCUGACUGUUACCAAUGUUUAAGUGACUGGUGCGAAGAGUUUUUGUAAAUGCAUUUAGUAGUCCUAGCCCUCUUUUCCGAAUUUUCCGUCUAAGCGAUUCUGUAAAAAUGUUCAAAGCGCCUUCCCCCAGGGUCGUCGUCGAAGGCAAUAUAGUGCGUUUAAGUAGCAUGCUUCAAUGACAAUUAUUUUAAUGAUUCAAACAUAAAAAUAUACUACCAGA